ACAAUAAAAUACCUUGGUAACUUUGCAUUUGAAAAACCAAAUAAUGUUUGUACCAAAAAACGGGCCUGCACGUGUGAAAAAGGCCCGGGUCGUGGAUCGAAAGAGCAACAUGAUUAUGUGUUCCGACCCUUUGACCCAUCUCCUGGUCUCUCUCUACACGAUCUAAUCAAGUUCCAACUCUCUCAGAUUCUAAGUAGUUUUUCUUUGUUAUUGAUCAAUUCUCGAACUGCUCCAGUUCUAAUGAAAAAGAUGGAUUUAAAGGGAGUUGUUGGGCUUGUGUUUGGAAACGAGAAUUCAAGUUCCAAUGAAGAUAGCUAUGUUGAACGCUUGCUCGAUUGUAUAAGUAAUGGUCAGCUGGCUGAUGAUAGAAGAAAUGCUAUGGCAGAGCUUCAAUCUGUUGUUGCAGAAAGUCAUGCUGCCCAGCUGGCUUUUGGAGAAAUGGGCUUUCCUGUACUAUUGGGUGUCUUAAAGGAACGUGAUGAUGUUGAAAUGGUUCGGGGGGCUCUAGAAACUCUUGUGAGUGCCUUAACACCGAUUGCUCAUGCAAAACUGCGUGCAAAUGAGGUUCAACCAGCUUUGAUGAACACUGAUCUUCUAUCAAGAGAUGGACAAAGCAUUUCUCUUCUUUUAAGCUUGCUUGGAGAGGAUGACUUCUAUAUAAGAUAUUAUACACUUCAACUUUUGACUGCCCUUUUAACAAAUUCUCCCAUUAGGUUACAGGAAGUCAUUCUUACAAUCCCCCGUGGUAUAACUCGGCUUAUGGAUAUGCUUAUGGAUCGGGAGGUCAUACGGAAUGAGGCCUUGUUACUUCUCACCUACUUGACUCGUGAAGCAGAGGAAAUCCAAAAAAUCUUGGUUUUUGAGGGUGCUUUUGAGAAGAUUUUCAGUAUCAUUAAAGAAGAGGGAGGUUCAGAAGGGGGUGUUGUUGUCCAGGAUUGUCUUGAAUUGUUAAACAAUCUCCUUCGUAACAACGCAUCAAAUCAGGUGUUGCUGAGGGAGACUAUAGGCUUUGACUCGAUAAUAUCAAUUUUGAAGCUAAGAGGAACCACAUACAGCUUUACUCAGCAAAAGACAAUCAAUCUACUGAGUGGGUUGGAAACAGUUAGUUUGCUGGUGAGUGGAGGUCUGGAAACCGAUCCUGGGAGCAACAACAAUAGAUUGACAAACAAAACAGUUCUUGUCCAGAGAAAUGUUUUGGAGCAUCUACUAAUGCUGGGUGUUGAAAGUCAAUGGGCACCUGUUGCUGUACGUUGUGCGGCCUUUGAAUGCAUAGGUGAUCUCAUUUCUGGACACCAUAAGAAUCUUGAAGCCCUUGCAAGCAAAUCUCUUGGUGAUGAGCCUGAAACUGAGCCAGCUCUCAACUCAAUCCUUAGAAUCAUCUUACGAACUUCAAGCAUGCAAGAAUUUAUAGCUGCAGAUUAUGUUUUCAAGAACUUCUGCGAGAAAAAUAGCGAUGGUCAAAAAAUGUUAGCUUCUACUUUAAUCCCUCAGCCUAUGUCAAUAACCAAUGCCAGAUUCGAAGAGGACAUAAACAUGUCCUUUGGAAGCAUGCUAUUGCAUGGCCUUGCGAUGAGUGAACAUGAUGGUGACCUUGAGACAAGUUGCAGAGCUGCUAGUGUUCUUUCUUAUGUAAUGAAGGAUAAUAUUCAAUGCAAAGAAAAAGUUUUACAAAUUGAACUGGAGUCAUCAAUGCCCUCGUUAGGCUCCCCAGAACCACUACUACACCGUAUGGUAAAAUACUUGGCUCUUGCAUCUUCCAAGAAGGGCAAAGAUGGAAAAUCAACAACUCCAAGAAACUCAUAUUUCCAACCCAUAAUUCUAAAACUUCUGGUGACAUGGCUUUCUGAUUGCCCAAAUGCAGUCCAAUCUUUUCUUGAUUCACGUCCUCAUUUAACAUAUUUAAUCGAGUUAGUAUCAAACACUGACACAACAGUCUGUGCAAGGGGUUUAGCAGCUGCUGUUUUAGGCGAAUGUGCUAUUUAUAAUAAAAGCAAUGAACCCGGAAAAGACGCUUUUGCCAUUGUCGAUGCCAUAAGCCAAAAAGUCGGGUUGACUUCUUACUUUUUGAAGCUUGAUGAGAUGCAAAAAAGCUUCUUGUUUUCGUCUGCAAAGCCAGCUCAGCAACGCAAACCGUUGACCCGGUCAAACGCUAAUAGUAUGGCGGAAAUGGAAGAUAUUGAAGAAAAUGAGACGAAUGAUAUUAACCGAAAUGAUGAUCAUCCGAUGCUUUCCUCCAUGUUUGAUUCUCAGUUUGUUGAUUUUAUUAAGAAGCUGGAAGGUGAGAUUAGAGAUAAUAUUGUGAAAAUAUAUAGUCAUCCAAAGAGUAAUGUGUCGGUGGUCCCCGCUGAAUUGGAACAGAAAAAAGACGAGAAGGAUGGGGAUUAUAUCAAGCGGCUCAAAGCCUUUGUGGAGAAGCAAUGCUCUGAGAUACAGGAUCUUCUGAAUAGAAACUCGACAUUAGCUGAGGAGCUAGCAAGCACGGGUGGAGGUGGUGAGAGUAGAUGUAGUGGUGGUGGGGGGUCGGAGAGGGUGCAAAUAGAGACACUGAGAAGGGACCUUGAAGAAGUGUCGCAGAGGCUGGAAAUGGUGAAAAGUGAAAAGUCAAACAUUGAGAGUGAGGCGUUGACUUAUAAAAACAUGGCAGAAAAAAUGGAGACGGAUUUGAAGAGUCUUUCGGAUGCGUAUAACAGCUUGGAACAAGCGAAUUAUCAGUUGGAAAUGAAGAGUGGUGGUGUGGGUGUGGAUGUUGAGAAGAUAAAAGAGGAGGCGAGGGAAGAGGCGCAGAAGGAGAGUGAAGGGGAGCUGAGUGAUCUGCUUGUUUGUCUUGGACAAGAACAGAGCAAAGUGGAGAAAUUGAGUGCCAGGUUGAUGGAGUUGGGUCAGGAUGUUGAUGCUUUGCUUGAAGGUAUUGGGGAUGAUGCAGGAGCACUCAAUGAUGAUGAUGAUGAUGACGAUGAUGAAGAAGAUUGAUGUUUGUAUCGUUAUUGUUCUGUUGAUUUAAGUAAACAACAAAGAGACUUGUUAUUUUUAUUUUUGUGGGUGGAUCGUGGAUGUGUACAGAUGAUGUUGGAAAAGUGUAUCACUUUGUUUAACUUAAUAAAUCAGACUAAAUCUAUCAAA